AUGCCUGACAUUUUGUAUUUUCAUUAUUCAUUAAAACAAUGCCUAGCGCCAUUUCUUACAUCUUCCUUGUUUCUACUAUUAUCUUCGAUUUAUAUUUCGGGACAUCCUCAUUUUGCGGAGCCUGAUGAUAAUGUAGAACGAACUGAAUAUUAUAAGAAGCAUUAUAAGUUUUUUGAAAAUGGAUCAGUCUAUAUUGAGUAUGAAUCGAAACCUUAUUACGUGAUAAACGACGUUGACAUUGCUAAAUAUGUCUAUGGAAUGACAAGAUUCACAUUUGGAGCAUCUGUGGACAAUUUUUGUAAUACAACCGUCCGAAUAUCAAUUUUGAUUUUAAUGACCCCGAUGACAUUUUUUGCCGGUUUAUUAGCAAAAGAUAACUAUUAUAGUCAUCCGGGUACUCUUUCAGCGUUUUUAGCAAUUAUCUAUGUGUUCAACGAAUUUUUCGUAUUUUUCUCGUACUUUGCAUUGUUCACAAUUCACGUCUAUAAGGAUUCGAAAUACAUUCCCUAUACAAUUUUAUUCUUCUCUGUGACCUGUGGUAGUACUGUAAUCAAACUUUUGUUGAGCAACUUCUUGAAUUGGUCAUAUAGAAAGUUUUUAUUUCGACUUUUCGCAGUUUUCACAAUUAUCUACGCAUACCCAAUUUUGGCGAUAGACAUUGAAGAUUACGCCGAAAAUGUUUACUGUGAUUCUUAUUCUGAUGGCAAAGUCACCAUCCUCCAGCUGAUAUUCAUAUUCAUUAUCGUCACGAAUAUCUGGUUCGAUGCGAAAAUUUCAUCUAAUUAUGAAAUUAAGGUGAUUAAUAUUGCCGACUAA